AUGUCUCUCAAACUCCAGCAAGCAAAGCAGUACAACUCGGACUGGGACACUCCGGAUCCAAAAGCACCAUCAUCAUACCAACGCGACAUCUACUCAUCAUUCUCCAAGCCCAUCUUCUCCACCAAACCAUUGCAAUGGCAGGAGCUUGCCCGGGAGAAAGUUCCCGCAGAGAACUUUGGCUACGUGUACGGCUCCGCCAGCAGCUUCGCCACACACAAGGCCAACUUGGAGGCGUUUGAUAGGUAUAGACUCAAGCCGAAGAUGUUGGUCAAUGCUACACGACGAGAUAUUGGUGUCGAGCUCUUCGGGACGAGAUAUGCCAGUCCUCUUCUCGUGGCGCCUGUGGGUGUGCAGAACAUCAUGCACGCUGACGCCGAGGAAGCCACGGCCCGUGCCUGCGAGAAAGUGAAGGUGCCAAUGAUCUUGUCCACGGCUGCCACGAGAACAAUCGAGGAAGUGGCCAAAGCAAACGGCAACGGCGACCGAUGGUACCAACUCUACUGGCCAAAACCACAAGAGGAAGCCAUCACCGUCAGUCUCCUGAACCGAGCGAAGGCGAACGGCUUCAAAGUGCUGGUCGUGACACUGGAUACUUUCACUAUUGCUUGGCGACCAGAAGAUCUCGACAACUCAUACCUGCCUUUCCUCUGGGGCGACGGGUGCCAGAUUGGGCACUCUGACCCCGUCUUCAACGAGCGAUACGCAGACAUGCAAGCAGCCGACAAUCGCUCAGCGUCCGAGAAGCUGAGUGAAGCUUGGGAUAUGAUGAAGCGUCCCGGUACACCUUGGGGCGCUCUCAAGGUGCUUGCUAAUGCGAAUGCGAUGAAGAAGUCUCGUGCUUGGUUAGACGUUAUGAAUUCUGGUACAUACCGGGAAUGGAAACACCUUGAAACCCUGAAGAAGUUGUGGGAUGGCCCGAUUGUGCUCAAGGGCAUUCAGACGGUGGAGGAUGCACACAGGGCCAUCGAGUAUGGUAUGGAUGGCAUUAUCGUCAGCAACCACGGAGGUCGUCAGCUCGAUGGUGCCAUCGCUUCACUUGACGCCCUGGCCGAGAUUGGUGCCGACGAGAAGGUCAAGCAGUCUGGUCUCACGCUUCUGUUCGACAGCGGGAUUCGAACUGGAAGCGAUGUUCUCAAAGCGCUUGCGCUGGGCGCCAAAGCUGUGUUGAUCGGCCGACCAUAUAUGUACGGUCUUGCUAUCAAGGGGCAAGCUGGUGUUGAGCAUGUUAUGAAGUGCUUGCUGGCAGAUACUGAUAAUAUGGUCGGUCAGCUUGGCAAGAAGUCUAUCAACGAGGUCAGCAGAGAUGAUCUUCAAAUUAGACGUGAGUCGAAGCUCUAG